GCCCGGACCAUGGAGCCGCGCUGGGCGCAGACGGGCCGGGAUGGGCCAGAUGAUGACGAGGGGGGGCAGCAGCGGCCUCCCCCAUCCCUCUUUCUCCAGCUGCCAAGCAACGCGACCCUCCGGUUCCGUGGCAGCGUGGCCAGGGCCUGGGGGGCUGCGCUGGAGGAGGGGGAGCCCCCAGGGGCCCCCCAGGAGCGGGACGGGGAAGAAGCCGGGGAGCAGGAAUCGGUUCCCCUGAAACAGCUGCCGCUCUGCAUGGCGGAGAAACGGAGACUCAGGCUCCGGGAGCAGCAGGCAGCCUGGAAACGGAGCCGCUGGGAGCAGUGGCAGGUGGGGACGCGCCGCAUGUGGGGACAGGUGGGGGGCACCCUGCUGUAUGCCCAGGUGUGGAGGGGCUCACUACACCACAUCGAAGGUCACUUCGGAACCGGGAUCCAGUCGUAUUUCAACUUCCUGCGCUUCCUGGUGCUGCUGAACCUGGGGGGGGCCCUGCUCACGGUGGGGUUCGUGGUGGCCCCCAACGCUGCCUUCGAGGGGCUGCAGCUGAACCAGACCCAGAAGGGGCCGAACUCCACGGUGAUCAGCAGCUGCCUGCAGUACGACCCCACCAAGCGGGGCCUGGUCAGCUACUUUACCUACUUCAUGGACCUGCUCUCCGGGACGGGGUUCAUGGAGCUCACCCACCUGUUCUACGGUUAUUACCAAAACUCGGCCGUGCAUUUCGUGGGCUUCUCCUAUAACAUCCCCCUGGCCUAUCUGCUGAGCGUCUUGGGCUACUUCUCCGUCUGCCUCUUCUGGAUCGUCCGCCGGGCCGUCCAUCUCCUGAAGCGCAGCCUGGUCAGCGAGAACGGGGCGCUCAACACCUACAGCAACAAGGUCUUCGCCGGCUGGGAUUUCUGCCUGGGGCCGGGCACCGCGGUGCACAUGAAACACAACAGCCUCCGCUACGAGCUGCGGAUGGACCUGGAGGAACAGACUUUGCGGCGGCUCAUGGCCCAGCGCAGCCCGGGCCAGCGACUCGGCCUGUACGGCCUGCGCGGCGCCGUCAACCUGCUGGUGCUGGCGCUGCUGGGGGUGGCUUUCUACUGCGUCUACCUGGCCACCGAGUACUCGCAGCGGGACCAGCAGAACAGCGGCCUGGGGCAGCAGGGACUGGUCGUGGGGCUGCUCGUGGCCUAUCUGCCCUCCAUCGUCAUCACGGCCGCCAACCAGCUGGUGCCGCUGGUCUUCGGGCUCCUCGUGCGCCUGGAGCGGUACCCGCUCAGCCUGGAGAUCCGGCUCACCCUGCUCAGGACCGUGUUCCUGCGUCUCUCCAGCCUCCUUGUUCUCCUCUUCUCCCUCUGGAGCCAGAUCACCUGCAACGGGGACCCCGACGCCGAUUCCUGCAGGACCUGCCGCUACGACCACAAGCAGCACCCGUGCUGGGAGACGAGCGUGGGGCGGGAGAUGUACAAGCUGCUGGUGUUCGACCUGCUCGUAGUGCUGCUGGUGCUGCUGCUGGUGGAGUUCCCCAGGAAGCUGCUGGUGACCCACGGCCCUGCCCUCCUGGCCCGGCUGUGGGGGCAGCAGGAGUUCCUGGUGCCCCCCAACGUGCUGGACCUGGUGUACGGCCAGACCGUGUGCUGGGUCGGCGCCGCCUUCUCCCCCCUGCUGCCCCUGCUCAACACCGCCAAGUUCGUCCUGCUUUUCUACCUCAAGAAGCUCACCCUGUUCUCGAACUGCCGCCCGGCCGACCGCACCUUCCGCGCCUCCAGCUCCAGCUUCUUCUUCCUGCUGGUUCUGCUGCUGGGCCUGGCCAUCGCCUGGGUGCCCCUGCUGUACAGCGUCUUUGUCCUCCAGCCCUCCCAGGCCUGUGGCCCGUUCCGGGGUGAGCCGACCAUGUGGAGCACCCUCUCGGCGGCCAUCGAUACCCUGCCCCACGUGGCCAGGGAGUUCCUGCAGUUUGUGGGCUCAUUGGCCUUUGCUGUGCCGCUCUUCCUGCUGCUGUGCAUCCUCAUGUUCUACCUGAUGGCCCUGGCUCAUUCCUACAGCCGCCUGGUGAAGGAACUCAAAGGGCAGCUGCGGCUGGAGGGGCGGGAUAAGGUCUUCUUAGUGACUCAGAUCACAGAGCUCAGCUAAGAAGAGAGCUGCAAGAAAACUCCCGAUCUCGUUGAUUUGAGGAUGAUUCGACCCUGCCUUGUCGGCCCGGCCUUCCCCUGCCAUUCGCCUGUGUGCCAAACCCGCCCCCUGCUGGACGAAAAGUACAAUAACCUCCAAAGAACCCAGAGCGCAUUCAUGGACUGUGUGUAAGGAUCACUCGCCCGGCGCUGAGCUGCGGCCCCUCUGGAGUGGGGUGUGGGGGCUGGGUAUAUGGGGAGCCCUCGCCUCUCCGGGAUGGGGCGCAGGGGCUGUUUAUACAGAGACCUCUCGCCUGGCUGAGACAUGGCCCCUCUGGAGUGGGUGUGGGGUUUGGUUACACAGGGACUCCACUCUUUACUGCCACCCAGCGACGCUGUUCAGUUUAGGACAGGAAGUGAAGCAAAACCCUGCGUGUAACUGACAUCCCAGGGGACUUUGCAGGAGGAGAAGGUGGACUGGCUUGUGUCUGGAAUGGGCCGGGCUGCUGGCCUUCAGGACCCAAUUCUCACACUCUCCGUCCUGCCCCAGGCUAACCCCAUGGCCUCCGAACAGAGUACACAGCGGGUGAACCCCUCGUUACUGGCUGGCAGCAGAACUCCAUUGUCGCACUCCAGGGGAGCUGCAUUUGUAUUUCCCAUCUACCAGGCCCCGGCUGUCACCCCUCGUGGGCGGAGACCCACGUGUCUCUCUCCCUCCCUGGGGGGGGGGGGCGGGGGUGGUUUCCAGGCUGGCCAGCUCCCUGCCCAGGGCUCUGAUUUCACACACGAACCCGCAAAGCGAGAUUGCCAUCAACAAUAAUCGCCAUUUACAGCUCGGCCAAGUCAGGGGAAACCCUGCUCGGAAAACGUAACAGCGUUUGAUUUCAGGCGCUUUCCUCGGUGUAUUUUGAGAUGUGAUGUUGACAAUUUAAUGGCUUUUAAAGCUGUGACUUUUUGAGUCUCUAACACCUGCUGUUGAUAAAUCAUUGUCUGACUCUCCCGCCCCUCCCCGCAUUCUCUGAACCUCCUGUGAUUUUUCUGCAAUUGGGAACAUUUUAAAUCUGGAAAAAAAAACCCCAAAAACCUUAAAAUGAAAGCACAAGUUUUGGUUUGAAAUUAUAAAAUAAAAAUUGAAUUCUG